AUGAGAUACCAACUCUACCGUACCAUCCUCCGCCAAUCCGCCUUCAAACCUCAGUUCUUCAGAUUCCAACAAUAUCAACGCACAGCCAUGUCUUCAAAAGUCAGUCCACCACGAAUUGCCAAUCCGGCACUGUUCAUCUGCGACAUCCAAGAACGCUUCCAAAAAGCAAUCUACCAAUUCCCCUCCGUAGUAACCACAACCCUCAAACUCCUCUCCGCCGCCAAAACCCUCCAAAUCCCCGUCUACAUAACCACCCAAAACAAACGAGCCUUAGGCGACACGGUCCCCGAAAUCCUAGCAUUAGCAAAGGAAACAAACCUAAUCAUAAACGCAGACAAAUCCCUAUUCAGCAUGUGUACCCAAGAAGUUCUUGAUAAGCUAGACGAGAAUACCGGGGAAGGAGGGGAGAAGAGGGAGGUUAUCGUGGUGGGGAUUGAAAGUCAUAUCUGUCUUAUGCAGACUACGUUGGAUCUUUUGGAGAGGGGACAUAAGGUUUGGGUCGUUAGGGAUGGGGUAUCGAGUUGUAAUCCUCAGGAGAUUUCGACGGCUUUGGCGAGGAUGCAGCAGGCUGGGGCUGUUAUUACUACUAGUGAAAGCUUCCUUUUCGAGUGUAUGAAGGAUAGCGCACGACCAGAAUUCAAGACAAUCGCCGGCCUUGUGAAGGAGACCAAAGCCUCAACAAAAGAAUGUCUCGAAGCCCUAGUCGGUCCAGUAGGAGCACAAGAAUCAGGCGGCAUCAGUAAGCUAUAA